AUGGAUCCUCUCAAGGAUCAGACUCGACCUGGCCAACGAUCACCGCCGCCGUCGACGGCGAACACGCCCGCCAAACCCAAGUGUAAACCGGCGAAACCGAUUAUCCUGCUACUCAUCGCUUCCGUCGCUAUCGCCUUGGGGGUAUUACUCGUAUGCUACUCAGUUUUACUCUCCGGAAGGAAUCGGCGAGUUUCGCUCCGGUACAGCGUCGUGAUUGACGGCGGUAGUUCUGGGACCCGGGUUCACGUGUUCGGGUACCGGAUUGAAUCUGGGAAACCCGUUUUCGAUUUCGGCGGGGAGAGCUACGCUAGUAUGAAGCUGAGUCCUGGUUUGUCCGCGUACGCUGAUAAUCCCGACGGAGCGAGGGUGUCAGUGGCUGAGCUUGUGGAUUUCGCCAAGGGAAGAGUUCCGAAAGGAAUGUUGAAGAAGAGUGACAUUAGGUUAAUGGCGACUGCUGGGAUGAGAUUGCUCGAAAUGCCUGUCCAGGAGCAGAUUCUCGAAGUUACGAGAAGCCUUCUUAGAUCUUCUGGGUUUGAGUUUCGAGACGAAUGGGCAUCGGUUAUCUCUGGUUAG